AUGGAUGAUCUUAAACUGUAUGCGAACUCACCUGACAGUCUUACUAAGCAGAUCGAAGUCGUAGCAUCAAUUUCAAAGGACAUUAACAUGAAAUUGAAUGUCAAUAAAUGUGCUGAAACACACUUUAUACCAAAGCGUCUGAAAAAUGCACAGGUAACAGUAGCUGCAACUAAAUCUAACGACAGAAGCAUAUGUUUCCCGAUGUUAGAUGGCGAAGCUGUCUACAAGUAUCUGGGCAUUGAACAGAAAGUUAGGUUAAAGGAGCCUGUAGCAUGGGAUCGUGCGUACGGCAGGUGUUAUGAAAUAGCACGUAAGUUAUGGGAUUCCGAUCUUACUUUCAGGCAGAAAGUGAACUCCUAUAACUCCACUAUCAUACCAGUAUUCAGGUAUAUAGCAAGUUGCGUGGCUAAAGGUAGUGGAAAAUACGCAAGUGUCUUAAAACGAGGAACACGUCUAGAUAAGAAGUUUCGCAAGCUACUUGUAAAACUGAAAUCUAGAUAUAAAUGCAGUUGUGUCGCAAGAUUGUACCUGACAACUGACAUGGGAGGAUAUGGUCUCAAAUCGAUUAAGAAUGCCAUAGAGGAAUCCACCAUAUAUUUAUGGGCGUAUCUCUGUACGAAAGCAGAAUUAAAAGGCUCAUUAAAUCUGUUUGUCACCAUGGCUAACCGGGAGAAACGAUGUGUAGUAAGUGAUGCGAGGAGCAUUUUAAAAGCUUAUGACAUAGACUAUCAGUUAGAGGAAGAACGUUCCACUGUCGUCAUAGAUGGUGCUUCCUUUAACGACGCAAGAGCAUUAGCUAGACACGUGGUCGAACUGAUGCGUACUGUCAAUAACACCAGAUGGUAUCAAACUUGGAAGAAGUUAGAGUUAGCCGGGCGUGUUCUACACCCGAAAGCUAACAUGGAUUUGAUAGAAUCCUUUACUUGGCUCAAGGAAGGGAAACUAUCAUCGGUAGCGGUUAGAAACGCAAUAGCAGCUCAAGAAGGAUGCUUAAUAACGCGCACGCAUCCUUCACAAGUACAUUCGAGCGAUAAGAGUUGUAGAGCGUGUAGAUCUGCCCUCGAAACAGUCGAACAUGUCCUGCCCGGCUGUCCGAAGUGGCUGCCAAAUCUAUACGUUGACCGGCAUGACUCAGUUGCUAGAAGCAUUCACUAUAGAAUAUGUCGAAAAUUCGGUCUCACCCCGCCGCACUACUCGCAGAAAGUGGAAUCGGUUCUAGAGAAUGAUAGUAUUAAGCUGUAUUGGAAUCAACCAGUACAAAUCAAAGCGCUCAUUCGCGAUAACAAACCAGAUAUAAUAGUCUUCAAUAAGCCAAAUAAAACAGCCUUAAUUAUAGAGGUUGCGGUAUCAUGGUUUACUGGUAUCGAGAGACAGAUACAGAUAAAAACGAGUCGCUAUUGCGUCAAUGGUAACUGGGAACACGAUAUGAAACUACCCUACCCGCUGGGCGAUAAUUUACAACGUGAAUUACAAACGUCGGACUGGAAAGUGACAUUCUUACCAGUUGUUAUUGGCACGGUAGGCGAAGUGCUUUCGAACCUAAAAGGAGAUCUAGGGGAAAAAAUUGGCUUAGACGCAAAAGCAGCAGCCGACUGUCUUGAGAGAAUGCGGCGCAGUGCAGUUCUUGGUACCAGCCGGAUCAUCAAGAAUCAUCUUGCUGGAGAAUAA